AUGUCCUGUUUCUUAUUUUCUUCAAAUCCAUUUUUCCUUUUUUUCUUCUUGAUUCUAUUUUUCUUUCUUUUGUUACUGUUUCGAUUUUUCUUUGUUCGUCCUUUCUCUCUUAAGUUCUUUUUAUUCAUUCUCAAAUUAUUUCUAUUUGCUUUUUUAUGUUUCUUUUCUUGUAAGGUAAACUCUUUUUUCUUUCUUUCUUUCUUUCUUUCUUUUUCUAUCUUUCUUUCUUUCUUUGUGCCUUUUAUUCCCCACCGCCAUAUUAUAUGGAAUACAGGCGACUUUUUCAUUAAUCUUAUUUGUCACACUCGACAGGAUUUCUUUUCUUUCUUUCUUUCUUUCUUCUAUGCAUAUAUGUUCAUUAUAUGUUUCUUAUCUUUUUUUUAUUUUUUCUUUCUUUUUAAAACUCACUUUCCUUUCUUCUUCGUUUUCUUUCUUUCUUUCUUUGUGUCUUUCUUAAUACCUACAUUUCCCUUUCUCCCUUGCUUCUUUCUUUCUUUCUUUAUCUUGAUUAUUAGUUCUUCUCGGCUUUCCUUUCUUAUGCGGCUUCCUUUUCUUUCAUCCAUUUAUUCUUUCCAUCUUUAUUUUAUUUUUCUUUCUUUCUGUCUUUCUUUUCUUUCUGUCUUUCUUUUCUUUCUGUCUUUCUUUUCUUUCUGUCUUUUUUUUCGAUGCUUUUCUUUUUCUUUCUUACAUUUAUUUCUCUCGUAUGUUUUUGUCUUUAUUAAAGCGUUACUAAAAGUUCUUUCUUUCUGUCUUCCUUCCUUUCUUUCUUUCUUUCGAAAUAAAAAAAGAACACUAAGGUGA